GAAAGACUUCCGCCUUACAAAAUAGGCUGAGCAAAGCAAAAUUAGUUUGUAUAUUGAUACAUGUUCAACAAAAUAAACCAGCAUAUGUAUCAUGGAUCCUUGAAAAUAUGGAAUCAUGAAUUCUUUUCCACAAAAUUAUAGCAAUGGUGAUCCUGCAGAAUUUCAUCAGCUGAUGACAAAAAAGCUUAUUCAAUCUAUUCAUCAAUUCUUUGCUACUAACUACCAGUUCUCAAAUACCUUAGCAGUAAGAGCCCAGUUGCUAGUCCAGCUUGACAACAGUCAAGAUCGUCUGUACCAAUUUGAAAAUUCUGUUUCAAAAGAUGAUAUAAAAUUACCCAUAAAUGCACCAGAUGAUGAAGUAAGAUCUACAACUCAAGGAAACGACAAAGAAAUACAGACUGAUCUUCUGACAAAUGUAGCUGCCACACAAACAGAAAUUUUACCUGAAGAAGUAAAAGUCGUCAAAGUUACAAGAUCAGCAAGUAAAGAUCAGAAAACAGUUGAACCAGAUGUUAAAAAUCAAGGGGACAAUGACAGUGAGGAUGUCUGUGUCGAUGAAUCAGACUCUGAUAAUACUGAUCUUGUUGUCCUGCCCACCGUACCACCAGAGGAUACCAGUUCUCCAGACCAGUCUAAAAAUGAACCAGUUUCAUGCCCACUUUGUUCAGCUACCUUCAAAAGUCAAGGCAAAGUUGAGAAUCAUUUGAGAGUUAACCAUGAUAUAGGGAAUGUCUAUCUUUGUAACUUCUGUGAAGAAAUUUGUCCAUCAAAUCGAGCCUUACACCAACAUUUGGAGGAGAAGCAUAACCAAAAGCAACCUCAAGCAAAUACCAAAAAGAGGGGGAGGAAACCGUCUAUUCGUAAUGUAAAAAAACUAACGUCUGGUCUUCCUUUGAAGAAAACCCUUACCGUAACCAAAGCACUUAAAGCUCAGAAUAAAGGAAGCAAGAAAAAGACUGUUAAAAAAAAGAGGAUUCCUCCUCUAAGACUGAAAAUAAAGAAUGAUCAAUAUGUCAGAGAAAAAUUUUCGUGUGAGGAAUGUGAAAAAGUGUAUAGUUCAAGUAAAGCUCUGCGGCGUCAUGAUCUGUCUGCACAUAAGAAAAAUAAAUAUGCUUGUAAUAUCUGUGACAAAAAAUUCUGCAGUAAAGAAUCUCUCUAUCACCACAAACGAGGAAUACAUGCUGGGGAAAAACCAUACACAUGUGAAGAAUGUGGGUCAUCAUUCAAUUUUAGCCAUAGUUUGAAACUUCACAUGCUUAAACAUAGUGGAAAACGACCAUUUCAGUGUGUAGAAUGUGAUAAAACUUAUCUUACCUCUAAUCAUUUGAAAAUGCACAUGAUAGGAGUCCACCAAAACAACAAAAUUCACAUGUGCCGAUUCUGCAGCAAGUCCUUUGCAUACAAGACAAGUUUAAAAGUUCAUGAAAUGACACAUGAAAAUAUAAAACCUUACAAAUGCAAGUACUGUGACAAAGGUUUUGUCAAUAGUCACUCACUGAAAUAUCACACAGAAUCUAAGCAUGAAACUGACAAAUGGUUUACGUGUGAAGUGUGCCAGAAAGAAUUUAAGACCGAAUUCUCUAUGAAGACUCAUAGACGUCGUCAUAGUAUGGAUGGCAACAGGUUCAUGUGUGAUGUGUGUGGCAGACAGUUCAUGUACAAGAGCACUUUAGAAAUACACACAGCUAUACAUAAGGAUGAGAAAACCUACCAGUGCAGUACUUGUGGUAAAUCCUUUAAAACCUAUGCCACCCUUUAUUCACACCAGUAUGUCCAUAAAACCGAAAGUCCUUACCCUUGCCCUGAAUGUGGAAAGCCUUUUAAAACUAAAGAGAGGUGCAAGGCUCACCAGAAGAGGCAUGCUGGUACCAAGUCAUACUCAUGUGAUAUAUGCGGAAAUUUGUUUCAAGACAAAGGUGGACUGUCUAAGCAUAAGAGAACAGUCCAUGCUGACUAUAAGCGAUUUGCUUGUCCUGUUUGUGGAAAAACUUGCUCAAGGGCAGAUAAUUUACGUGUUCACAUGAAAAUUCACGGAAAAUUAACUCAGAAUGCAGAACCCAUUGAUACAACAACAUCCAUAGAGUCGCAGGUUGAGAAAGCUACUUAUAAUGCAGUGGCUGAUGAAAUGAAUCGGCAACAGAGAGUACAGGAACCAGACAGCAGUGAACCAGCUACAGGGGUACCAAUACCAGAGCACCGUAAACCUUCCCCAAGUGCUGACAGCUAUGCAUCUCAUCAUUCUGUCAGAGAAAUGUCAGAAUCACCAACACUUACACCACUAGCAUCAAGCCGUACCUACCAUGAACAGUCUCAUUUUACAAACAUUUCACCGGCACCAAAUUUGAAUGUACCGUUAGCAUUAACCUCUAUGGCAAGUUCACACAUACAUCCUGCAGAUAGCAGUGAUGUUCAAACGCCACAUGGUGGUCCAGUAACACAGAUUCCUAAUCCGUCACCUUUCAUGUACAUGUGGCCUUAUAUUAAUCCUCACCAGAAUGUUCAGAAUGCACAAGAACAUGAAUAUUAUGGACAGUGAAUGAAAGCUUUGAUUUGUUUUUUCAAACUGUAAUGCCUAACCAUACCAAAUUAAUAUAUUGUGCAUUCAUUUAUUUUUGUGUGUCAAUAUUCUUUGAUUGAGGGAAAUUGUGUAUUUUUGUGUACACAAGUACAUGUACUUGAUUUCUUGGUUUAAACAUAAUGUGCAUGCAAGCUUUUAGAAUACCUGUAUUUUUAUGAAAACUUAAAUUUCUGGUUGAAAUCUUACCCACAAAAAUUCACACCUCACAAAUGAUUGUAAAUGUGUCUUCCUUUGGAUUUUGAUUCUCUUUUAUUUUUGAAUAAUCUUUUUUAAAAAUAAAUAGUAUACAACCUUUUUCAAUACUGAUAAACCACCUCAGUGGUCUUGGAGUGUGUUCACCUUCCAUGGAAUUUUAUUUAAAAUGCCUCUCUGCACCUCCUCCAUAAACACUUACACAAAGUCAACCAGAUUCAAUUAUGGAAUGGUCUUUACAUGUUUAGACAGUAGACAGAAACCACUUGUUAUAGGCUUUCAAUAUUUAUUGUUAGUGGAUGUUAUAUAUAGUAAUUUUUUAACAGUGCAAAAAGUAUUCUUUUAUUUACGUAUAGAUUUUUAAUAUGUUUAUUAGAAAGAUUAUGAAUUUUCAGUUUUGUGUAGACAUUUAAAGUUUAAGGAUAAGUUAUGAAAGUUUUAUAAAUUGGAAAGUAGAAUACUAUAAAAGUCACAAUUUUGGCAGUGUACUUGAAUGUGUUUAUGACACAUGUAAAAGCAGGAGAAAUUGUAUCUCCAAAUACAUAAAAUACAUUUCAUUAAACUAUUAAAUUUGAAUCUCUGAUAAAGAAGUGUUCAAUACAUUUAUGAAAGCAGAACUAAAAUUUGAAAAAGGUGCAUUUUGAAUGACAAUUUUUGUUGUAUUCUGGACUUGUCAACUAAUUACUGAACCACAAGGAAUGCAGGCAUCCAUUGUAUUUUUUUUAAACAUGAAUGUAGCAGAUGUGUUGUUCAUUAAAUUCUCUGAACUAUAUGGUACUCAAAUUUCAGUAGUGCCAUCGAUGAUUAUGAUACCAGGGGAAUUUUUUUAAGCCUUUAUAAAUGAUGUUAGGAAAUCAGACGUCAUUGAUGCUUGCUACCCUUAUGGUGAAAUAAUAUAUGCUGUGGUAUAUGAUUUGAUAUAUUAUAUGUAGAUUGUUUUUAACAACCAAAGUUCUAAGAUUUUACUACAUAUAUGUGUGUAUUAAGCAGUAUUAAAUGUUUAUACUAAGAGGUCCUUUGCUCAUGUUAUUGAUUGAAAUAAUUAUUUUUUUAAUUAUAAAAAGAAAGAUAUUAUUUUGAUUUCAUAAGUCUUGAUGAUUUUUUGAACUGCCACUCCUUUCAAAAUUAUUUUGAGGGAUAAGAAUAAAAAGUCAUUGACUGAUGCUACUGUUCUGCUGAAUCAAAUGGUGCUAAUUAUAUUUCUACAGAAUUUCCCAGUUUCAUUUUUAUACACAGAUUUUUCAGUGAUUGUACUUUUAAAUGGGUUGAAAUUUCGUAUUUAGUGAGUUUCAGGAUGUUAUGCAUUUUAUUUUGUUCACUGAUAUGAUUCCUGAAUAAGUUAAAACUAUUUUCACUUAAUAUUUUUCAUCUUUUGUCUUUCACUUUCCAUAACUGGAUCCUGGAAAAUUACUUAACAUCUCAGUUUGGAUUAUUUAAGACAGUUUUCUCAUUAACUAUGCAUCUUCUCUUUUUUGAAAUGUGCCUGUGAUCAGUGUGAUGAUAUUAAGGAAUGAAUUGAUUUGUAAUUUUGCAUUCAGUAUGCUAUUGCCAAGCUGUGCUAUCAUCUAGUUUCUGUUUCUUAAAGAUAUAUAUCAAUUUCAUAUUUGGUUAAAACUUACAUGUACAUGUAUGUUUACAAUAUCUAAGGUACUUGUUUUGUUAGUUAAAUGCAUACAAAACUCUAUUGAACUCUAUUGAAUAUAUUUGAUUAGCUUAGUUUUUCAGAUAUUGAAAUCUGUUACAUGUUAUCGUUUAGAUCUUGCAUUCUAAUCUUUGAUAUAAACAUGAAGCAUAUAUUCAGAAUUAAACUUUGAAUUUCACCACUAAAAAGAUUUUAAAAUGUCAUUAGUAUGAAUUUUACAUGUUAUGUGGUAAUUAGUUUUUCUUUACCUUGUUAUAUAUUUUCUCUGUUGCUGCUUAAAUUAAUUCCCCUUACUACUUUUGUCUUUUGAAUUUCCUUAAAGUUGAAUGAUCUUACACUUUGCUGAAAAAAAACAUGACCAAAUGUUGGUCUUUUUUGGUUCAGUAAUUUAAAGCUAUGGAGAUGCGGUAUGAUUGCCAAUGAGACAACUAUCCACCAGAGUUCAAAUGAAGCGGAUGUACACAAAUAUAGGCCACAUUAAUAACCUCAUGUUGUCUUACUGCUUAUUUUGAUUUUGAUACUAUUUUGUUUUUGAGCUAUGAAGAAAAUUAUUUGUAAGAAGAUCUCAUCAGUUAUUGAUAUAAUUAAUAUAACUUAUUAAUUUUCUUCAAGAACAUUUGAGUCAUUUUUUAUAAAAUUAUACAAGAAGGGAUCCAUUGAUCAUGUUAAAAGAUAUGCUUUGGUUUAUUACAGAUGUCAAAUUUACUGUCACAAUGAAAAACAGGAAUAAAAUGUACUGAUUACUUGAAAUACAUAAAAAGAUAACAGGAAUUACAAAAAAUAUUAGACAGUACAACAGACCACACUUUGAGAAACAAAACUUACAAACGACAAAGAACAACAUUUGGUCCAGAAAGCCUGAAUUGGUUCAUACACAAAAUGGGCUAUCAUGUAGUGGUGUUCCCAUUUUAUCAUGUGAAUGUUUGUCAUAUAUUUACCCACCAUUACCUCUUUGACACUUAUUCCGAAAUUGCUGGCAAAUGUAUAUGAAUCAUGAAUGGAAAAAGGCAAAAUAAAAUAGUUGUUUGUGGUAUAUUUAUUAAGGUUUGUUUAUUUUAAGCAUCAUUUGUACAUAUUAGAUAUAACAAUAUUUAAAAGUGUAAUAUUUUUAAAAAUUAUUUGAUUUUUUUUAUGUGUACCUAGUUUUCAAUUAUGCAUUUUUAUUUGUUGAAUUUACACAUUAAUCAUGUGAGUUCCUUAUUUUUGCUUACAAGGUAAAACAAAAUGUAUUGGUUCAAUGUAUACAGGUCAGUAUUGAUAGCUAUGGCUUAAUGGAUUAAAAUAAGAGAGAUUUUA